AGCCACACUCGGUGUCAAAAAGAGACGGAGGGUGGCUGUGAAACGAGAAAAAACAUCAAAGUAGGCAAAUCAGGAAAAGUGGAGGCAAAACAUUGUACGCGUAUUCCCGUUUGAGGGGUUGGUGUGUCAGCGAGCGUCACUUUGAUUACAGUACAGUAUCUCUCAGAAGAAGAAGCUCGAGGUUCACGUUCCCUGACGUCGUAGUUAGCGUAGAGAGGGUAGUUCUGUUUCCCAGCUGAGUAAGGGAAGUGCGCGGUGUGAACUUGCUCCUCGUCGAGAGAGUAGUUAAACCGUUUGCCGGCUGAUAAUGGUUCAGAGAUUCUGCACCAGCGUGGCUGCGCUUAGCCUCGCCCUGAGUGUUUGCGUUGUUUUGCCGCGUGCCGUCAUGGCGAUCGACUUGAGUCGAUUUUACGGUCACUUCAUCUCAAAACGUACAGAAAACGCAUGUCGGCCGUACGAACCAUUCAAGUGUCCAGGAGAUGGAAUGUGUAUCUCGAUCCAGUACCUGUGCGACGGAGCUCCCGACUGUCAGGACGGAUACGACGAAGAUUCACGAUUGUGCACAGCUGCGAAAAGACCUCCAGUAGAGGAGACUGCUAGCUUCCUGCAGUCCUUGUUGGCCAGCCACGGUCCUAACUAUCUUGAGAAAUUAUUCGGGACCAAGGCAAGAGACACAUUAAAACCUCUUGGUGGGGUGAACACUGUAGCCAUAGCGCUUUCCGAGUCUCAAACUAUUGAAGACUUCGGUGCAGCCUUACAUUUGAUGCGUUCUGAUUUGGAACAUCUGCGCUCCGUAUUCAUGGCGGUGGAAAACGGUGAUCUAGGAAUGUUGAAAUCGAUUGGUAUUAAGGACUCCGAGCUGGGAGACGUGAAAUUCUUCCUGGAAAAGCUUGUGAAGACCGGUUUCCUUGACUGAAUAGGCAUUCCUUUGGAACGACACCACGGAGGCAUUAUAACAUUGGCUGUAUCGUAUUACAAUCGCACUAUCCUGUUGCUUUAAAAGCUCGAUUCUUUUGCAAGAUCUUCCUUGUGAAAUGAUCGCCACCUAUUUAUCUCCUUCCCUUUUUCACACGCCUUUCCUCCUUCUACGACCGUUUCCUCCUUUCUCAUUUCGCUUCCUUUCAUCUAUCAAUGUCUUCUUAUAUUGUUCUUCUUGUUUUUCAAAGAACACAUCGUGUACGAACACCGAAAUAUUGAGUCGAAGAGAUAUCCAUCGUUAUCGAGAGGCAUGGGAGUACUGAACGCUUAAACUUUUACUAAAUGUUUAAAGUCUAAAUACGCUUGUACAUCUAUGCACUUUUAUCGACGCGGCGUCCAGCUCUCUUUCGUGCCGCAACGAAUACAUGUUUAAUUCGACGAAUUUUUCUACGAAAGAAAUAAAAUGAAAUGGAGAAAGGAAAUAAAAAAAAAACAAUUUAGAUAGAAAUGGAUGGAUGGACAAAGUCACAUUGGAGCUACGGGCAAGAGCAAUUACUAGGUCAAUUAAUUAUAUUUUACUCAAGCGUUCUAUUCGGUGUCAGGCAGCUUGUAAUCGAUUAACUGUCGCUCGCUUUCGUGACCGGCAUGGCAGCGUCGACAUGCGAUCAAAAACACAAAAAAUGAUAUGGAAGGGGAAAAAAGAAUAUUACAGUCUGUUUAAUAACUUAAUCUCAUUUAUUGAUCGCUGGUUCCCGUUUUAAGUAUUAAAAUAUUUUGUCUUAGUUUCCAUUAUAUGUAAUGUUCAUUGGUCUGAUUUUCAAUUUUCUCCCAAAUGCAGCGCAGGAAGUAGAAACGUAUCAAUAUAUUCAAUAUUAUUAUUAUAGAACUAUCGCAAGGGCUCCCAUGCAUUCCUCUCCUAUUCUGUUAUCGAAGCUGUGCUUCAGUGACUAUAUUCGUGAUAUUCAAAAUAACGACACGUACAUAACUUCAUGCAUGCACAAGAGUAUGCCUUACGGCGACAUUGCACGUGGUUUCGUUAUUGAACCAUCGUACACACACACACGCGCGCGCGCGCGCGCAUACACACACGUACAUACAUACACAC